AUGGCUGCGACGCCCUUCCAGUCUCCAGCCUGUAAGACAUGCAAAAAGCGCAGGAUUAAGUGUGAUUUGCAAAAGCCUAAAUGCCAUCGUUGCGUUAAACGAGGGCUUGAAUGCCCCGGCUAUAAUCGGAUUGAACCCUUCGUGGUGUUUACCCCCAACAGACCAUACAAGGCCAAGGCUCUUGCAAAACACCGAGACUCGGAUACUCCAACGCUACCCGAUGCAAUCGCUUCAGGGCCAAUGUUCCGCAUUCAACUAUAUUCGUCCUUUCUAGUUGUCUAUUUUCCGACCAGUGUUGAUGAUGCAUGGCACUCUGUCGUUACGAGCUGGCCAACGCAACCGGUAAGCACCGAUCUCUUCCAGAAAAGCCUCACAGCAUGGGCUUGUAUCUCCCUUGGGACAAGCAAAUGCGAUCAAGGUCUGCUUCUGUAUGGGAUCCGGCUAUACAAUCAAGCCAUACCGAUCAUGUCGAAUAUGAUGCGUCGAGACCCCUACCACGAUGAUAUAAUCUAUUCGCUCAUAAUUUGGACGGAGCUGGAGUCGCACUACUUUUCUGAUGGUUUGGAUGCGUGGGUGGCCCAUUGGAGGGCAUUCAAAACACUACUCAAAUACCAACACCAACGACCGUAUCCCACGAAUGAAACCAUGAGGUACAUAUUCAAUCCUUUUCAAAAGGUCAUUACGAUUCUCGCUAUUAUGACCGAUGGGAUAUCCCCUGAACAGCACAAUGAGAUCGUGUGUUCCAGCGAAACCUCCUCACCCCUCGACGAUCUCCUCCGGUUUUCUGCUUCCUCCGCGAUGCUAUUCAAUGUUCUUCGCACAAAUCCCUCGGCUCAUAGUUCAUGUUCAUUACUCUUGGAAAGCUGCAUUGCACAGCGGGAGAGUAUGAGGACAUGGUACAUAUGGAGGCAGGCUGAUAUCGGUGAGGUCUUUCCUUGCAACGCGGAUGACCAGACCUCAAACCGUGAUCUCCCUCCUACUGAUGAUCUAUUCGGCCCCGCGUCUCAAUUUUUAUCUCUCGAUAGCGCCAGGAUACAUAUAAUGUUUUUCAACGCGAUGCGACUUGUUCAUAUUCUAAUGCCCCAGGCAAUUACUCUGGUCUCAUCACAUGCGCCUGAAUAUAUACCCGAUGAGGACAAUUUUGUCCUCGAGGGCUUCUAUGCCGACCAGAUUGCUCGAUCAAUUGCGUUCUGUUUGGGGGUUAAAAACCGAGCCUGCCUUGCUCAUCUUUCAAUUCUGCUUCUUGGUCAGAUCUCGCAGACCUAUAUCAAGAUGCAAAGUUCUGAACGAAUUGCAUGGUGUCAAGAUGUGCUAACCAUUAUUUCUCAUCUUGGUUUCAGCAGUGCAAGUCACCGAAAGACAAUUAUGCUUGAAGAAUGGAAUAGGGCGAAAAUGAGCCGAGCGUCACCACGGGCUGAUCGCAAUGAGGGCUUCGGGAUAGACUCACUUCAGUCAACUCAGGGCCGUGUUGUAUCUCUUGUCCCUCACAGUGAUGAGAAGAAGCCUGUUGACCCAAGCGUGAGUGAAGCCAACAGCGACCCUUUGAAGGGCCAGUAUCCGCCUCCCACCGAUGAGGAAAGUCGAACUCUUCGAAAGGUCGCCGCGACAAUCCCACUCGCCUCCUUGUCUCUGUGCCUUGUUGAAUUUGCCGAGCGUACUUCCUACUAUGGCGCAAGGACCGUUUUCGCGAACUUCAUCGAAUUCCCCCUCCCCAAACGAGGAAAUGGAGCUGGUGCACCUCCACGAGGUACACAGAAGACCGCGGGUGCACUGGGUAUGGGCCUUCAAGCCAGCAGUGCUCUAUCUCUCCUCUUCAGUUUCCUGGCCUACGUUAUCCCCAUUUUAGGAGGCUGGUGGGCCGAUGUUCGCAUUGGACGGUAUAAAGCCAUUAUGGUGGGUGUUUUUCUCUGCGGUCUGGCGCAUAUAGUUCAGUUGGUGGGCGCCAUUCCCUCCGUGCUGCAAAAGGGAGCAUCGCACGCGGCACCGCCCUUCAUCAUCGGUCUACUCUUGCUCGCCUUUGGCUCUGGAAUCUUCAAACCGAACAUCGCCCCAACUGUCCUGGAUCAAAAUCGCCACCGGCUUCCAUACACGAAACAGCUCGAAUCGGGCGAGAAGGUGAUUGCUGACCCAGAACUCACGGGCACAAGAACAAUGCUCAUCUUCUACGGGUUUAUCAACGUUGCGAUCAUCUACUUCAUGCUGCCAUUGCUGCUCCUGGGCAUGUAUACCCGAACGUACAAGCAGCCGCCUAGUGGUGCAGCGGAUUUCAUCCAGGCAAUUUCGAUUAUCAAAACAGUCCUCGUCCAAAGUCGGUUCCGGAUCUGGCGCAAAGACUUUUGGGAUUUCGCUCGAUCGCACCAUCUUGAGAGUAAAGGUGUUUCAAUUAAGUGGACAGAUGAUGCGGUCAGCAAUGUUUCCCGAACAAUGACUGCGUGCGACAUCUUCUGGUUUUUCCCUAUCUACUACCUUUGCGGCGGCAUCGGCUCGGUGCAGGCGAACCAAGGUGCCGCGAUGAUCACCAACGGUGUACCCAACGAUGUGCUGGACAACUUCAACGCGUUGACUCUGAUGGUCGCGGUCCCCACUCUGACCUUCGGCAUCUAUCCCUUUAUGAACAGACGCAAAAUUCAGUUCGGUCCUGUCAGUCGAAUGACCUUUGGGUUCAUUCUAUCAACUCUCGGUGGUAUAUGUGGCACUAUAGUGCAGCGGCAGGUCUACAAGCAGUCUCCUUCUCCCCACCACCAUUCUUGGUGCGUUGAGCGAAUGCUUUGCAAUGUGACCGCCUAUGAGGUUGCCUAUUCCCGGUCCCCCAAAAGCAUAAGAAGCACCGUGACGGCCUCUUUUCUCUUCAUGUCCGCUCUCUCCAGUGCUCUUGGAGAAAUCCUUAUCCCAGUGACAAAGGAUCCCUGGCUUAUCUGGAUCUGGGCCGCGCCAGCUAUUGCACUUUUUCUACAAACCAUAAUCUUCUGGUAUCGCUUCCGUCACAUUAACAACGAGAUCUAUGUUACAACUACUGCCGAUGUGACUGAGGAAAAGGCUAAAGAUGGAACAUCUGUCUAG